AAAUAAGCUCCUGUGGAAUUGUGGGUAGACACUGGAUUUGUAAGCCAAAGGAAUCCUUUUUUAGCUGUUUGCUUAGUCUUUUCUCCUGCUUUCCCAGGGUGUACGAAACCCUCCAGCACUAGGACCCACCGGAAUCCAGGCCUCUAUGGCACCUCCAUUCCGCGCCCGCGUCCAGCUGCUUCUCUUGCGAGCAGUAGGUUUUCUCAUAGGCCUAAUGGGCCAAGCGGCUCGAGCCUUUGGCGGCCCAAAAUUUGGCUCAAGAACCACCGGUCCAGUGAAGGAACCCUUGCUUCUGCUUUCUGCAAUACAGCUGGCUAAGCUGAUUAGACAGAGGAAGGUGAAGUGUAUAGAUGUUGUUCAAGCUUAUAUCAACAGAAUCAAGGAUGUGAACCCAAUGAUUAAUGGAAUUGUAAAGUACAGAUUUGAGGCAGCCAAAAAGGAGGCUUAUGCUGUUGAUCAAAGGCUUUCAGAGAAACUCGAAGAUGAAUCCACCCUGGAAAAGAAAUGGCCCUUCCUUGGGGUUCCUUUGACAGUAAAGGAAGCUUUCCAACUACAAGGAAUGCCCAAUUCUUCUGGCCUUGUGAACCGUCGUGAUGCUAUUUCAAAAACAGAUGCCACUGUGGUUGCAUUACUGAAGAAAGCAGGUGCCAUUCCCAUUGGCAUAACCAACUGUAGUGAAUUGUGCAUGUGGUAUGAAUCCAGUAACAAGAUCUAUGGCCGAUCCAACAACCCAUAUGAUUUACAGCAUAUUGUAGGUGGAAGUUCUGGUGGUGAGGGAUGCACCCUGGCAGCUGCGUGUUCAGUAAUUGGUGUGGGUUCUGAUAUUGGUGGCAGCAUUCGUAUGCCUGCUUUCUUCAAUGGCAUUUUUGGUCACAAGCCUUCCCCAGGUGUGGUUUCCAACCAGGGUCAGUUUCCCAUGGCUGGAGAAGCCCAGGAGCCUUUUCAGUGCACUGGUCCAAUGUGCCGCUAUGCUGAAGAUCUGAUCCCUAUGCUAAGAGUCAUGGCAGGACCUGGGAUUAAAAAGUUAAAACUGGAUGCAAAAGUACAUUUACAGCACUUGAAAUUUUACUGGAUGGAACAUGAUGGAGGCUCACUUUUAAU